CGUCAUGUCACGUGUAUAACUAUAAUUUCUCGAGUGUCCGCGGGGAGAAACCUACGCGAUUUUCGAGUUUCAACGCGAGAUCGGUUCCGAGACCCACUACUGUCACCAUGAUUGACGACCGAGAUUUGGGAUUCAUUGCCAAUUUUCUUGGCAUUUUUAUAAUUGCUCUUUUAAUUGCUUAUCAUUAUGUGAUGGCUGAUCCAAAAUAUGAAGGCAACUGAAAAUUUGUCUGUUAACCUUGAACAAAUACAUGUCAUCAAUUUUGUUAAGAGAACUAUUUUACAAGUGGAAAUAGGUUUGAUGUAGUUAACAGAUUUUCACCCUUUCCCAGUGCAUUAAUGUUAUGAUUGCUCUGCUAUUGUAAAGGGAUGUUAAUAUGAGUUGGCGUAAUCUUUGUUUCUCAA